AUGGCGGACACGGUGCAGACGGUGCUGGAGCGCAUGCUUCCGGAGCUCGACAGUCUCGAGAAGCAGGGCCUCUUUACGCGCGAGGAGAUUAAAGAAAUCGUGCGUCGCCGCACCGCCUUUGAGUACCGCCUCAGGCGCCGCGGCAGCGCGGCGAUUAAGGACGACUAUAUGCGGUACAUAGAAUAUGAGAUGCAGCUCGAGGCGCUGCGCCAGCUGCGGAGGAGAGACCCGAAUCGUCGCCAGGCUUUCCGCCAGCGCGCGGACGGUGUGCUGCGGCGCAAGGGGAAGCAGGGCAGCCGCGAGUGGUACCGGCGGCAGCGCGCGGCGGAGCGCGCGAGUGACGUGGCAGUGAUCAAGCGCGUGCUCUUCAUCUUCUCGCGCGCGACUCGGCGAUUUAAGGGCGACCUGGACCUCUGGAUGCGCUACCUCGACUUCUGCAAGGCGUCCGGGUCGAGGCAGCAGAUGCAGAAGACCAUGGCACGAGCACUGCAGUUGCACCCCACAGAGCCCUCCCUCUGGCUGUACGCCGCAUCAUAUGAAUUCACGCACCGCAUGAACGCGCCUGCUGCGCGCACGCUGCUGCAGCGGGGGCUGCGCAUGUGCUGCCCUCAGCUCCACACUGGGGGAGGCGGGGGGAAGCCGGGGGGAGCCAAGGGAAGCGCGGGGGGCGCAGGGGGCGCUGGAAAAAGGGCAAAGGGAGGGGCGGGCGGAGGGGCGGGUGUGGAGCGGGCAGGUGUGACGAUUUCCGAGGCUGGAAAUAUUUCGAUCGUGCCUGCCCGGGUUUUGGAGGCGUCUCGUCUGUUGUGGAGCGAGUAUUUGCGCAUGGAGCUUGUUCAUGCGAGGAAGCUUAAAGCGAGACAGCUACUACUGGGGAUAGAGACGGAGGAAGGGGGUGGGCAGGGUGGAGGGGAGGGGGAGGGCGGGGAAGGGAAAGAGGCAGAAGGGGGAGAGGGAGUGGAAGGUGGGGAGGGCCCGGAGGGGGAAGGGAUGGAGCAGGAAGAGGACGGGAAGGAGGGGAACAAGGAGGCGGAGGGAGAGGAGGUUGGGAUGGGUGAGGGGAAGGGGGAUGGUAAAGGGGAUGGUAACAGUGGGAAGGAUGGGAGCAGUGGGAAGAAAGGGAGCAAAGGGAAGAAAGGGAGCAGCAAACCGGUUUCAAGUGAUGAGCUGGCAGUGCAGGUGGCGACAGUGGUGUGCCGCACCGCAAUCAAAUCGAAUCCCAAAGAUCUGCUGCUGCGCGUGGCGCUGCUGGAAGCCCUGCGAUUGGGCGGCGGGCAAGCAGAGGCAGAGGCGGAAGAGGAGGAGGAAGAGGAAGAAGAGGAGGAGGAAAAGGAGGAGAAAGUGGAGGAAGGUGAGAGAGAGCAGGAAGGGAAAGAAGGGCAGGAGAACGAACAGGGGGAGAGGGCAGAAGGAGAGGAGGAGAAGGGGGAAGCAAGCGCUAAGGCAGCAGGCACGGAAGGGGGGCAAGGAGCAGAGCAAGGGGAGGGAGCACGGAGGAAGGCGGGGCGGGCGCGGAGGCGGGUGGUAGAACUGAAGGGGUUGGAUGCGGUGGAGGAGGAGGUGUGUGGCGGGCUGGCGGCCGCCUUCCCUGAGAGUGCCACGGUGCUUGAGGUGCUGGCUAGGCGGUGCCUACGGCGGGGAAGGAAGGCGGCGGAAACAGAAGAGGAGGCGGAGCAGGCUGCGCUGAAGGUGAGCGGGUGGUGUGAACUGGGUGGUGCUGGGUUGCAGUCAGCGGCCUUCCCUGAGAGUGCCACCGCACUCGAGGUGUUUGAAGACGCGUUGGAGAGGCACAAGAGCGAGCAGCAGGCGCCCUCCUCGUUCUCGCUGCUGUGCUGCGCCUAUCUCGACUUUCUCAUGCGCCUGAUCACCGGGGGGAAGGCGUAUGGGGAGGAGGGCGAGGGGGGGGAAGGGGGAGAGGAAGGAGAGGGGGAAAAAUGCAAGCAGGAACCAAUGGAAUGUGAGGAAGCAGCGGGAGAGAGGGAAGGAGAGAGAGAUGGGCUGCCAUUGGCCGAUCUGGUGUGCCGAGCCAAUGCAGCCAUGGCUCUGGCAGAGGUUCGGGGGCUAGGUUCGGACGAGCCAAUCGUUGAGCGCCACGUGGCGCUGCUGCUGCGCGCAGGGCGAGCUGGCGAGGCGCUAGAAGCUGCGAGGAAGGUUCUGGGAGCGAGCGGAGGGGUGGUGAUGCCAGGCCUGUGGGCUCUGGGAAGGGAAGCUGCGAGGAAAUUGCAGAGGGUAGGGAGAACGGUGGGGACUGAUGUGACAAAAGCAGCAGGAGGAGCAGCAAGAGGAGGAGGAGGAGGGGGAGGAGCAGUGGGAGGAGGCAUGCAGUUAUCAGGACCAGUGCGCAUUGUGAAUUGGCGCCAUCCCAAGCUGGGGGAUUACUGGAUGCAGCAAGUAGAGGCAGCACCAAGCCUGGCAUCGCUGCAAGCCACAGUGGACUCGCUUAUCACAGCAGCAGCAACCAUCGUCUCUCCCACCGCUGGGGAUGGUGUUUCUGCCGCGCCUGCAUCGUCCUCCCUCUGCGCCUCGCCUGCUGCCGCCAGCACUGAGGAGUCCUCAUCAUCAUCAUCAUCACAUGCCAAGGGCCUAGUGGCAGCGGUGCAGUGUGCCGCCCUUGAGACUGCCAGGAGGCGCUUUGGCAUCGUUGUCGCCCGCCAGCUGUACGCCAGGUUCUUCUCGCUCCCAUUCGCCUCAGAGCGCCUCUUCCUGAGCGCCAUUCAAAUGGAGCGCGAUUGGCAGGCGGAGCAGAGCGGGAAGAGGGGGAGUGGGCGGGGGAGUGGUGGAGGGGGGGAAGGGCGGGUGGAGCGUCUGUUUGAGUCGGCGUUGCAGCGAUUCGGUGCCGCCAGUGUGGAUCUCUGGCUGGCGUACUGCCAAUACGCGCUUGAGGUGGGUGAACGACACGGGGCUGCCUUGGUCCAUCCACUGGAAGGCUCGCUCGCCCGUUGCUGCCGGAUGCAGCCGGGUAGACUCGCUCAGAGCCUCUCCCUCCCUCCCUUCCCCCCUUGUGCUGCUGCCUGCCCCCUCACCCACCUCCCCAAUUCCUCACACAGCUGCGACAGGUUGUGCCAGAAGAUAGAGCAGAAAUCCGCAAACGCCGCACUAGACCCCGACAGCAGGCACAGGUCCAACAAACUCUCCCCCUUCCCAUCCUGCAUCAGCACCACUUCAAACCGCAGCCCAUCCCCUGCUGCUGCCGCAGCAGCUGCCGCCGCUGCAGCCACAGCUGCAGAGGCCCCUAUGCUUUCAAGUGUGAGGCUGGUGAGACUCGUAGAGUUCAUCCCCGCCCCUUGCCCCGCCCCACUCCCCGGCCCUAUACUUGUCAGAACCGCCCCUGCACCUGUCCCUGCCCCGUCUCCUGCUCCUACUGUCAGCCCCCCUCCCAUCUCCCUCACCCCUUCCCUGCCUCCUCCCAUCCCUCCCACUCCUCCCCCACCUCCUGGCCCUUCCCCCAUGCCCGUGCCACCCAUACUGGAGCACUCUCUAUCGUCCAUGCCGCGGACAGCGAGAGUUAACGCACCAUCCGGAGUGUGA